UCAAAAUCUAAUAUUGUCAUCGUUGUUGUUGGUAUUUUAAAAAAAAAGAUGUCGCCACGUUUAUUUUUUUCAUUUUAUUUAUUAAUAACAAUUAAUUUAUGUUUAAGUGAUUUGGAAAGUGAAUGGAAAAAUUUUAAAUUAAAAUAUAAUAAAAAUUAUAAAAAUCCUAAAGAGGAUGAAUUACGUAAAAAUUUAUUUGCUAACUCUUUAAAACUUGUACGAGAACAUAAUUCGAAAUUAAAGUUAGGAGAAAAUUAUUUCGAAAUUGAAAUCAAUAAAUUUUCUGAUAUAACAGAUGAAGAAUUUCAUAAUACAUAUCUUAAUCCACAAACAGAUAAUGAAAUUGACUCAUUGAAAUCAUCAUCAAAAAUUAAGAUUUUACAAAAUAACACCAGAUUUAAUAAUGUUCCGGAAACAAUAAAUUGGAUUGAGAAUGGUUUUAAAAAUCCAAUAUUACAUCAAGGAAAAUGUGGUAGUUGUUAUACAUUUGGUGCUAUUGCAGCAAUUGAAGCACAAUAUUUUAUAAAAACUGGUAAAUUAAUACAAUUAUCACAUCAAGAAGUUAUGGAUUGUAGUAAAAUAUUAGGUAAUAAUGGAUGUAGAGGUGGUCGAACAAAUUUAACAUUAAAAUAUGCUUUAGAAUAUGGUAUCGGUUUUGAUAUUAAUCAUCCAUAUUUAGGUAAAGAAGAUAUUUGUAUACAAACUGAACCACGUAUUAAAAUAAAUGAUUUUUAUCAAAUUGAAUCUGGAAAUGAAAAUUUAUUAAAAUCAAUUGUUGGUACAAUUGGUCCAGUUGGUUUUGGUUUUGAUGCAACAUUACCAUCAUUUCGUUUAUAUAAAAAUGGUAUUUAUUAUGAACCGUUAUGUACAAAUUAUACAAUGGCACAUGCUAUGGCAAUUAUUGGUUAUGGUAAAGAAAAUGAUCAUGAUUAUUGGUUAGUUAGAAAUUCAUGGGGUAAAGAUUGGGGUAUUGAAGGACAUAUGAAAGUUAUACGAAAUAAAAAUAAUAAUUGUGGUAUUGCAACACGGGCAUUAUAUCCGAUUUUAUAAAAAUGUAGAUAUA